UCUCGUUCGCAUACCGUGCCGCAAAUAUAUAAAGGCUAUCUCGUUCGAGGGUUUGAGACAAGUUCGUUCCGAGUCUAUCCACAAGGCGCCCACUCUACCCUCUAGCCUAUCCUCUAGUCUUUCCAGUGGACCCCUAGUUCCCGAGCUCUUUUUUAUACCCACUUGAUUAUUCCUCUUAAGCGCCACUUACAUCGAAAGCACCCUCUCUGCUUUCUCCCGAGCCCAGUUCGACACCAAACACCAGAAAUAUCGAGACAUUACCCAACAACAUGGGGUCCGAAUACAUCCCUCCGAUCCGCCUAGCGAUCCUCGAAGCCGAUACCCCGGUUCCCGGUAUCCAAAGCAAAUUUGGGUCGUACGGCGGGGUAUUCGAAUACCUAUUCGCGCGCGGAUGCAAGUCCUUCAAGCCGCCCGUUCCGCUUUCGGCCGUCCUAAAGUUGUCCUAUCACGACGUAGUCCACGACCCUACCUCCUACCCCGACCUCAACACAAUCGACGCGAUCCUGAUCUCUGGGUCUAAACAUAAUGCCUUCGACCAAGAUCCUUGGAUUCUAGAGCUAGUCAAAUAUACAAGAAAAUGUCUUGAUAGCGGUCGUGUUCGUGUUAUCGGCGUCUGUUUUGGCCACCAGAUCGUUGGUCUUGCCAUGGGUACUCCUGUCGGGACGAAUCUUCGUGGUUGGGAGCUUAGUGUUGUCGAACAUAACCUCACUGAGGAGGGCAAGAAGUUUUUUGGCCUCGAGAAGCUUUCAAUCCACCAAAUGCAUCGCGAUAUCGUCCAUAAGUUGCCACCCGGUGUAAUAGCCCUCGCAAGCACAGACAUAUGUCCCGUGCAAGCCAUGUAUGCCCCGCGGCGCCUCAUCACGGUGCAAGGGCACCCCGAGUUCACUAAGGACAUGGUGGGCGAAAUUCUCCAAAGGCGUUACGACGGCGGCAUCCUCAGCCCGGACAUCUAUAAGGACGGUAUGCGUCGUGUGGGCAACGAACACGACGGUGUUGCUGUCGCUAGGGCCUUUAUAAGAUUCUUGCGCGAGUAAGCGAUAACCCUUUCAAAAAAAAUAAAUGAGAAAUUUUUGGAAAUUCAGACAUAAAUAAGAACAGUAACGCGGGGAUGUGGUUGAAGAAGAGAGUCCACAUACAUCACUAUAUCAUAUCGCAAUCCGAUAUGAAUAUCGAAGG